AUGGAUAGAGAACUACAAAACGAAGACACACACUAUGAGAAAGAGAGAGCCUUGGAUGCAACAAACUCGAAAAAAGAAGGAAUAGAAAAGGAUAUGAUAGUGAAUGACCCUACAGUGGAGGAAAUGAACUCCGAAGAAGAGGCGUCACAUGCAUCCGACAUCAUUCCUCUUCCGACAUUAACAAAGAAUCUGAGCAUCUCCUUCACAUGGAGAGGAAACCAACAACAAAUACAUUCAAUUAUACAAAAAUCUUCAAUAGCUCCUCUCCUUCAGCCAACUCUCAACACCAGUGCCGCCGCCAUCGCCAACUUAAUCAAAGGGUCAAAGGCGUUUCCCAACUCGAGUUACGGAUGGGUGAACGUGAAGGAUGUGGCCAAUGCGCACGUCAUGUCCUUCGAGAACCCAUCAGCCAGUGGACGCUACUGCCUUGUCGAGAGUGUCGCUCACUACUCGGAGAUCGUCAGCAUUUUGCGUCAGCUCUACCCUAAUCUCCAUCUCCCUCGAAAGUGUGCGGACGAGAAUCCGUACGUGCCGACGUACCAAGUGUCGAAGGAGAGAGUGAAGAGCCUCGGCAUUGACUACGUGCCCUUGAAGGUUAGCAUCAUGGAGACCGUCGAGAGCUUGAAGGAGAAGGGCUUCGUCCACUUCUGA